AUGGCGGAGCGCGCUGUUGGGCGGGGGGCGCUGUGUGCGCGCCAAGCCUUGCUCGUCCAAUCCGCCCGGCUCUGCGACACUGGGGCAUGUCCGGACGGUGUAUACGCCACGCCAGACACGGACGACUUUCUGCGAUGGAAUGGUGUCGUGUUUAUUCGCAAGGGCGCCUAUGCACCGGGCGUGUUUCGGUUUAGCAUCCAGUUUGAUAUAAAGGGCGAAGAGCUCACGGUGCCUACGGUGUUUUUCCCGCCUAUCUUGCUGCACCCACUGGUCGAGCCCGCCAAUGGCCGCCUCAACAUGCUCCCUUUUUUGGCGUUUGCUCAAGAGAGGGCGUGGCCGGUCGAUCCGGCCGACCCUGCGUUCCUCUCGUGCUUGAUGCACUUUGUUGCCGAGAUCUUUGACGAUAACAUGCUUCAAGGCCUCCUCGGGCAAUGGGUCUUGAACGAACGAAUGUAUACUCUAUUCAAGAGCGACCGGCCACUCUUUGACCGGCUUGCGUCGCAGUCUGCAAGCCUCUCUACGUCCGAGCCCAGCCUGUACGAUACGCACUCUGGCAGCGGCGUGCCGGGCGACCGGGAUGUGUCGCUUGCACAGCCCUAUGCCACAUCAUCUUCGCAUGGCGCCCUCCCCUUUGCACCCGUGGGUGAUGAGGAAGUGACACGGACCCGCGACCAACUCUUGACGUGA